GAGGGAAGAAGCGACGAAAGAGGAGGGGAUAAAGAAAAAGAAUGAGCAGAUGAAGUGAAUAAACGGUGCAGCAACAGAAAGCUCAAAGCUGUCAGUUCGAGCUGUCAUAUAAUGCAGUAAACAUCAACACUACCAUAUUGUUUGUUUUUAUACGUGGUUUACGUUUGUUGUUAUUUCUCCAAAACUGACAGAUGGACUCAUUCCUGGGUCUGUUUGACCCAGGGGAGGGGGAGGAGACCCAGCUACCCCCUGAGCCUCAGCUGGGAAAUGUUGAGUAUAAGUUAAAACUGGUCAACCCCUCCAAGCAUAGGUUCGAGCAUCUGGUCACACAGCUCAAAUGGCGUCUGAGGGAAGGCCGGGGGGAAGCUAUCUACGAGAUUGGAGUCGAGGAUAGCGGUCUGCUGACAGGGCUCAGUGAUGAAGACAUGAGUGACAGUCUGGAGACCUUGGAGUUGAUGGCCAGGAGGCUGGGAGCUACCACUACCAUUCUACGGAAGCGCACUGUAGACACCGGGCGACAGGUUGCGGAAGUACUCAUCCGCAAGGUACCUGAUGAUCAACACAACAUAGAAGUAAGGGUUGCAGUGAUGGGCAGUGCAGAUGCGGGCAAGUCUACACUGCUGGGUGUGUUGACGCAGGGACAACUGGACAACGGAAGGGGUCGGGCACGUCUCAACAUGUUCAGGCAUCUCCACGAAGUCCAGUCUGGCCGAACAUCCUCUAUCUCCCAUGAGAUACUGGGCUUCAACUCUCAGGGGGAGGUGAUAAACUACAGUGAGCUGGUAACUGCAGAGGAGAUCUGUGAGAACUCGACAAAACUGAUAACAUUCAUGGAUCUGGCAGGCCAUCGCAAGUACCUGCGAACGACAGUACAGGGCUUGUCUGGCUAUCUGCCGCACUACGUGAUGCUGGUGGUGAGUGGGCGUGCGGGAGUGUUGGGAAUGACCAAAGAACACCUGCAACUAGCUAUCGCGCUCGAUGUACCAUUCUUUGUCACUAUCACCAAGACUGAUCUGGGCUCUCCAGAGGAGACGCUAAGGUGUCUGCAGGUGAUCCUCAAGUCUCCAGGCUGUCUCAGGGUACCAUUUUUGGUGAAAAAUGAAGAUGAUGUGAUCACAGCAGGUUCGAACCAACUGGCAGACAACAUUGUACCAAUAUUCUUGGUGUCCAGUGUAAAUGGUGAGGGUCUAGAACUUCUCACUAGGUUCCUUCAUGUGUUACCCCCAGGCAUCAGUCACAAAGAGAAAGAGAGGCUGGAGCAAGAACCAUGCGAGUUCCAAAUAGACGAAUGUUUCCGAGUUCCGGACGUGGGACCAGUGGUUGGUGGGCUCCUGACCAAGGGAAUGGUGAAUGAGGGAACCAAGCUGCUACUUGGACCAUUUGAUGAUGGGGAGUUUGUGCCUGUGGAGGUGCAGUCCAUCCACCGGAACAAGGCGCCCUGUCGCUCGGUGCGGGCCAGUCAGAGUGCCUCCCUCGGCCUAGACUGCGCUCCCAUCACCUUGCGCUCCGGCAUGGUCCUGCUCAGUCUAGACGUUCAUCCAACGGGCUGUCUCUUCUUCCAGGCAACAGUGUGUGUGCUCUUCCACUCUACGGCAAUACACCCUGGGUUCCAGACAACAGUACACAUCGGCCCAGUGCGACAAACUGCAGUCAUAGAAGGCAUCAUGGCAGUAGGAGGAAUCCACACUAACGAGAAGGCCAGUGUCCUCUUCCGCUUUCUCCGACACCCGGAAUAUGUCCGAGUAGGGAUGAGACUGUUCUUCCGAGAGGGCACCACCAAGGGGAUCGGCAAGAUAACGCAGGUCUUCCCAUUUCAGGUUGUUGCAGCAUAAUUUUUUCAUGACAAUCUUACUGGUGUUCUUGAUGACUGCUAUCACAACUAGGUGGUGGAGUCAGUAUUAUGCACCUGGUUCUUGAGGUUCUUUACAAAGCUAAACUUUGAAAAUUUAAUGUUUAGUAAUAUUUUUACUAUUUGUACUUUGCAAUAGAUUUUAAUUAUGUAUGACUAACAAUGGUUCUUUAUAAUCAUCUCAAUUUUAUAAUUUGGUUCAUCACAGCUUGACAAAAGUUUUUUUGAAGUCUCGUAAUAGAUUAUGUGAAUAGUAAUAUUCAUGGUUAUUAUUUUUACAAUUAUCACUUUAAAGUACAAACAGUAAAGUUGUUCUUUGUGCGAAACAUUCGACUUAGAAUGUUUUCGAUAAUUCAUAUAAAGAUUAUAUAAGCUGGUUAUCAACACAGUUUAUAUACAGAAUAUAAAAUAUAUUUAUAUAUAGAUAAACACAGAAGAUUUUAGUUAAUAAUCUUUUCUACAUAACAAUGAAUUAUAUAUGUAGCAAAAUAUAAAGUAUAAUUUGUUAUUCAGUAUUCCCAAAGUAACAAAAAACUAUAUAUAUAGAAACAAAACAUAUUCUAUCCUAUUUUAGUGUACAAAAUAGAUCUCAUUUGAAAUCAUUACCUGUUUUGUAACCAUUUUAAGGAGCUUUAUUAAUGAUUAAGUACUGCCUAUAAAUUUUAUAAAAUAAUACUAAACAAUAUAGAGUUAAUAACAUUGUAUAUAUAAAUAUUUAUUUGUUAGGGUGAGAUACAGGCACCUUACUGUGAUGUUGAUAUCCACCCACUGCCAAACAGACACUCCUGUCACUAGGCUGUCUUGGACAGACAAUCUUCACCGCCACUAUGUUGGAUAUUGCAGCAUGGCUUAGAACUAUUUAUCUAAACUAUUUAUUUUUAAAUUUACUGCAUAAACUUGGCAGAAUUAUUUUUGCUGUGAUGAGUCUUUAUAGGAAAAAGAAAUUACAUUUUGAGGAAAUUGAUAUACAAUACUCACUUGAGUUCUACAAAAUAUUAUCACUCACAAUAUUUUAAUUAUUUUUAGAAAUGUUAUACAGCACAAGAGGAAAUUCUUGUAUUUUAAAAUAAUUAAAGUAGUAUUUUACACUUUAAUUUAAGUUCAUUGGUGUAGAACACACAAGGCUUAAAGAUCUAUUUUAAUAAAUGCGAACUUUAAGAUUUUCCACAUAUAAAAAUUUGAAUAUAAACCAUUUUAGUGCCGGAGCAUAAUAACAAGUUUGUCCAAAAAAUGCCAAAGAUUUCUCUCAAGGUACUGCUGAAAACGCCAAGCCUUUUUUAAUGAUUUUGUAAAAAUAUUUGUAAAAUUAAAACAGUUUAUGAUAGGCUCUUAAUUUCUUUUUUUAUUUUCUUUACAGAUAAAUUGUUUUAAUUAAAACACAUAUAACUUGCAUAUACUGCUAAUUUAAAUAUAUAUAUAUAUAUGUAUAUAAAACACCCAAAUGGUACUUAACAAAAAUGUUAUAUCCCUCUGCAGUCCUCAAUGACAAUCAGCUCUAUUUCAAACAGUUAAUUGUCCAAACCAUAUUCCUCUGUAUUGCUGAGGCAACCGGAACUAUUACAGACAGCUAAUUGUUUAAACCAUAUUCCUCUGCAUUUUUCAGUGGCAUUCGGAACUAUUAAAGACAGGUAAUUAUCUAAACCAUAUUCCUCUGUAUUGCUCAGUGGCAUUCGGAACUAUUAAAGACAGAUAAUUGUCUAAACCAUAUUCCUCUGCAUUGGUCAGUGGCAUUCGGAAACUAUUAAAGACAAGUAAUUAUCUAAACAAUAUUCCUCUGCAUUGCUCAGUGGCAUUCGGAACUAUUAAAGACAGAUAAUUGUCUAAACCAUACUCCUCUGCAUUGCUCAGAGGCAUUCGGAACUAUAAAGUCAGCUAAUUGUCUAAACUAUAUUCCUCUGCAUUGCUCAGUGGCAUUCGGAACUAUUAAAGACAGGUAAUUGUCUAAACCAUAUUCCUCUGCAUUGGUCAGUGGCAUUCGGAACUAUUAAAGUCAGCUAAACCAUAUUCUUCUGCAUUGCUUGGUGGCAGUCAGAACUACUUCAGGCAGUUAAUUGUCUACUCGUAUAAGACAAUUCAUUCAAUCUUUCUAUCAUUACUAAAAUUAUUUUGUUUUAUUCAUUUUUAUUUUUUUUUAAAUCAUGAUAUUUAUAAUUAUAUAUAUUUUAUUUAUAUUAUGAAUGUUUUGGAACAAUUAUAAAAUGUAGACUACAUUCAGAAAAUGUAACAGUGUUUUUAUAACAAAUCUGAGAUACGAUACCAAUUCAGUAACAGUAAAAAAAAACUAAAUCUAUUCAGUAACACUGAAAUACUUUUACCAACUACUAGAAUGGUGCCAAAAAUUAUAUAAACAUAAAAAUAAUUUAAAUUACCUCGUACAAUAUAAAUGCGAAAUAUUAUUUCCUAAAACUACUAAUCUUAUGGCAUUAUAAAAAUGCUAAUUGCCUUAUAGAAAAACAAAUAUUGAAUAUUUUCAUAAAUAAAGUUGAUUUAAUAGAAAGAAAAUAGUAAAAUAUUUAGUGAGGGGUUCAUUGCUUUCAGGAUCUCUUUUUGUUUAAAGUUAUCAGUUAUUAAGGUUGCAUUUGUCCCACCUAACUGAACUUUGAAACUAUUAAACUGUUACCAUAUGCCGUGUUUAUGAAUAUUUUUAUGUUUACGUAAAACAUCGUUAAUUUUAGAGUUAUAAUAUAAGACUAUACAAAGAAAAAUCUCUCCUUUAGUUGUAAUAAAAUAAUUGUGCCAUGUAGCUUUUUCGAGAUAGGGAAUUUCUGAAUACCCUAACAACCUCAAAUGAACAAAAAUGAUUAGAAGUAAUAUGAAUUUAAAGAAAAUUUGAGGGUUUAAUUGAGUAAAGUCUUUAAAUGAAGACCCUCACAACAAAGUAUAAAGCCUUUAAAUGAAGCUACUGUGUCUGGGUAUAAUGUUUAACUAAGCUUUGCAAGCAAGUAUUGCAAACACUUUGAAUCAAUACACUCCAGCAAAUAUAGAAAACCAACUAAUGUGGAUAUGAAUUUCAACAUCAAAAAGUAAAAUAUUCUAUAAUUUUGUAUGAUUUUAGUAUAUUGAAUAUGAAUUUCCUGACUAAAGAUGGACUAAUGUAAGUUUAUUGCUGUUGUUUGUGUGUGUUAUUCAAGAAGUAAGAAAUAAAAAAUUAUAUGUUGGCCAGUUCCAAUUUUUAAAUUGUUAAUUGUUUGUGGAACUGGAUUGAUUCUCAAUCCAGCAGUUUUGAAUCUGAAUUGAUUAUAAUUGCAUAUUUAUACACAUCAAACAGUAAUAAAAUUUGACUCCUGAAUUGUAAUUCCAACACAAGUCUAAUUUUAUAGUCAGAAAUUUUAAAUGUUCUAGUGAUUGCAUUUUCUUCUUCAGAACAAUUGAAAAUAGGUUUUAUGAGUGUGCAGGUGAUACAAAACACACUUUUGAAAGUUGGCAUAUACCAUUAGUGAAGGACUAUGUCAUAAACAUAUAAUAUAAGCAAUUAAAUAUUUUUCUAGUAACAGAAAUGAUAUUUGUAUUAGUUCAAAAUAAAUGUAGUCAAAUUAUAUUUGAUUAAGCAAACUCAAGAUCUCAGUGUUGUGUUUGUAAUAAAAUCACAAUAUUAUAUAAUUGUAAUUAGACAGUGUGUAAUAAAGUAAAAUUUAUUAUUAUGUUAAGACAACACCUACAAAUCAGAAGUAUAGUUUUGUGACAUUGUUGAUUAUUUUUAAUUGGUAUAAUACAUUUUGCAGAUUAGAAUCCUAAUAACUUUUUGUUUUUACACAACAAUUUUUGCAAAAGCUUGUCUUGUUUCAAGUUUAGCAAAAAACCAUUUAUCCAAUAUGAAAUACGUAAAAAUCUCAAUUUUAAAUAUUUUAAAGGGGCAAUGUAAAUAUAAAAGAUAUUACAAACUAACUUGUAAUUAGCAUUAUAAUUGUCUUAGUUAUUAAAUAUUUUAAAAUUGAGCUACUUAAUUUUCAUUACUGUACUUUUUAAUAAUGGUAAAAAUGUUAAAGGACUAAGUCAGUAUUUUCUUUGUAACCUGUCUCAUUGACGUAUUUAUGUAUUUUCAGAGAGUGUAAAUCUCAUUGUAAUUUACUGAAAUAAAAAGAUAAAGUAAGAGCUUUGUACUGUAUAUAGUAAAAGUCUGGCUGUGGUAGGUGGUAAGUAGAUUCUGUACAUUGCUAGCAGGAAGGUUGUCACAAGACUAUUAGAUCUAUCUUAUCCAAGUGGACAAUUCUAUGAAUUGCACACAAAUUUCUUUUAACCUAGCAUAAAGCGUAAUAGUUUGUUUCAAUACCAAGUUGUAUUUUAUUUAUUUUAUUUUAACAAUAAAAUCCUGAAUGUUAGUAUUUUAAUUGUUUUUUAUCACAGAAAAUAAAUUCAAUUUAUCACA